AUGGGUGAUAAUAAACCCGAUUAUAGGCAACAUUUACCCUCUGCAAGAGAAAAAUUGACGGUGGCGAUCCCAGAUCGAACAGAAGAAGAUGAAGAACGUCUGUUCCGCAUUUUCCGUGGCUGGACACUGACCGAAAGAGAUGGCCAGACGCGACAAUGGGUCUAUCAAUUUGGUUGUGAUAUUCAGAAUGUCGCGACGAAAGAACGCCGCUGGGUCUGUUGUCUGUGUGUAAAACGGAAGGAUCCCAGACCGAAGAAUUACAACCAUAAGGGCUUACAGAAUGCUGAGGGCCAUCUGUUCAAAGACCACAACGGCAUAGUCGAUCCUGCUGGCAAAAGGAAGUGUCCUAACUCUACCGCUGAAACGCCUGCCCGCUCAAUUGCAACGCUGCUGCAAUUAAAUCCAGAGAUGAUGGUCCACUGGAUUGUUAACACGAAUCGAUCAUUUACCACGGCGAAAGAUCCUGACCUGCGAGCGAUCUUCGAGUAUCUAUGCCCUUCAGUUUCCAUUACAGAAGCUCACAUAUCCGAUGUAACGGUGCGCGCGAUCGCUGUAAGAGAGUUCAAUGCGAAUAAGUUGGCUGUACGAGAGACACUUCGGAAGAGCCCAGGCCAGAUUCAUAUCCAGUUUGAUGGAUGGCGGUCCGGCAACAGGCAUGCUCUUUACGGCGUUACAUGCAUAUUCAGGAGUCUGGAUAACAGGCCUCGGAAGUGCGUUCUUGGCCUUCCAGAGCUGCUUGGCCGGCAUACAGGCGAGAACAUCGCCGGAGAGAUACUCGAUAUCGUCAGGGAAUUUGAGAUUGAGCACAAGCUGGGCUACUUCACGCUGGACAACGCGUCGAAUAACAAAACAACUAUGGAAAUACUCGGACGUGAGCUGCGAUUCAACUGGAAGAAGCGCUGGGUCCGCUGCAUUGGCCAUGUUGUCAAUAUAGUGGUGAAACACAUGCUCUUUGGCCAAGAUCCAGACGCGUUUGAGAAAAAGAUCUACGAUGGUCAACUUAUGGCGGCGAGGGAACAUGAGCAGUGGCGCAAAAGGGGCCCAGUAGGUAAAUGGCAUAACUUCGCCGUUGAGGUCAAUAGAUCCGAUAUCUGGACCGAUGUCCUGAAGAAAGUCCAGCAAGUCGAAUCCCAACUUUCCGAUGACCCAGCGAUCCAGACCCACGAUCCUGUCGGGGUUGUGGUAGAUAACGCAACUCGUUGGCUCUCCCAGCUAGCCAUGAUCGACCGGGCUCUCGUUUUGCGGCCGUUUUAUGACCCUUUCAUCCAACGAGCCUUGAGUGAGUGGAACAAAGCUAAUCUCACAAAAGGCUGGUUGGCGAGGAAAGGAGCCAGGAUGCCAUUCUUUUUGAGGGAAGAAAAUCGGAUUACAAGCAACGACUGGCGUGUGAUCCAGGCGCUCCGUGACAUCCUGUUAGACUUUCAGCUGGUAGUCAAAGCCUUGGAGGGUGAUGGACAGGGCCAGCACCGAAAAGCAGUUCAACAAGAUGAGAUUGAGCCUCCAUUAUCCGGCACCAGCUGGGAUCUUCUCCACGCAUAUGAAUAUCUUCUCGAGUCUCUCGAAUCUGCCAAGAAGAUCGCUGUUUCCCUCCCAGACUCUGAGUAUCUCGCUGUUAAUAUUAACCUAGGCUGGAUGAAACUCGACGAAUAUUAUCAGCACCUGAACGAUAGUCCCGUGGUCUACGGUGCGGCGGCUCUGCACCCGGCUUACCGCUGGGCAUUAUUCGACGAUCUGUGGGGCGAUGAUAGCAAGCGACGAUUAUGGAUUACCAAAGCCAAGGCAGUUGUCCAGGAACUGUGGGAAGUCGAAUACAAGAAGUUGUUCUCCGAGGAUCAAGACUGUGAUUUGCCUCCAGGGAAGCGUCUUAAAUCGUCAAAGAACAAGUUUACAGCCUGGCGUAACAGCAAACAAGGGCUGACUCCGCAGACUCAGGCUAGCGACGCGUCUCCCGGGGCGUCUCCUUCAUCACCUUGCGUCGUGGGCCUGGAUCUUGACGAGUAUGAUGAGUGGCAGCGCAACAUAGACGAUUCUGACGCCUUAGUCGUUGAUCCAUACGAAUACUGGCACAGUAGGCGACUCAAAUACCCGAAACUGAGCAGGAUGGCACUGGAUUUACUUACUGUGGCGCCUAUGUCUGCGGAGUGCGAGAGGUUAUUUUCCGUAGCGGGACAUAUGGUGACGAGGCUUCGGAAUCGACUAGACGCUUCAACAAUCGGCUUAUGCCAAACAUUACGCAGCUGGCUACGAGAAGGAUUGAUCGGCCAGUUGGACCAAAUUCUGACGGAGCCAUCGAGGGAAUAA